AUGGCUGCGCCGAACAGUUCCCAAGAAGCUUCACAUGAAGCUCAGGACCUCAAAAGAUUCACUACCAAGAAGGAGGCAAAACAACACACUACCAAAUCUAUAAAACGGCGUAAUACACUGAUUAAAAAGGCCGAUGAUUUCCACAACGACUGUGGCUAUGAAGUCCUCUUAGCAAUACGAAAAGGGCACCGCUCAUAUAUCUACACAUCCACCGACACGCCUGAUGUCAUGGAUGAUAUCAUGCGAAAAUAUCUUCUUCCCGUGGUGUAUACACCAGGACUGGUGAAAGAAAAGAAAGGGAGGGGAAGAAAGGAUGAGGUAGAUUAG